UAUUUCCAAACGCGAGGUUCUUCGCGCGCCAUGGAGAUGAAGGCGCUGGAGCGGCGGCUGGGAAUGGCGGCCGAUCGCGAAGUGCUGCGCAAGGCGGAGGAGCUGCUGCGCCUCUUCCGUAUGGAAUUUGAUGCGGCAGCAUUUGGCAUUGGCGAUGUCUGCCGAUCCGUGCUCUGUUUCGACAUCGCGUGCUCGAUGAUGCAAGUUCCAUUUGAUCGGCAAAAGGGAAUCAAGCUGAGUGGUCUUUCUGAUAAGGCUUACAAUAGAUCACUCACCACAGUCCAGAAUGCUCUUGAUAUCAGGACAAGCUUGAAUGUGCGCGAGCUCGCUGUGCAUUUGGAUGCGUGAGACUCAUACAAGCAGUCCAGAGAGUCUUGGCAGCAUACAAAGAGCGAGUUUUGGCCACUUUACCAGAAGCACGACGUCGAAGCGCUGAUUUCGAUCGCCCUGUAUUCACCAGCGUCGCGUUUUAUUUAUGCGCGAGAAAGCAAAAGGCAAGCAGUUUCCAAUGCUUUUUUUCACGGUUUUAAGUUGACAAAGCUAAAUUGAUGGAGGUGUCUAGCACGUCGGACCCUGAGUUUUCCAACGUUGCCGCGUCUAUGACAGAUAUCUGCUUCGAUUUGGUCGGUGUUGAGAAAGAGAAAUCCGAAUCAAGAACUAGAGAAUGCAAGAGAGCUCUGUCGGAUGCCACGAAUCUCGAGGAUCCAGGCAGGACAACAUGCCUAGAAUACGAGGAAUGGAAAGAGCCGUUUUGUCAUCCUCGAAACAAAAUCCAUCACCUGGGGCUGUCAGAGACCGAAAGCAAACGCGCUUAAACUUCGAAAGAAUGUGAUUUCGAUAUUUUGUAAAAAAGGAAAAAGUAAAGUUACUCAUUUUUAAAAAA